AUGGGCGCGUCCACAAACAGCAAAAGCCCCCUGGUGUCAUCCAUUAUCUCCGGACUCCUAAGUCUGGUUAUUUUCGCUUCCCUCCGUUUCUGCGCUGACUGGUUCAAUGGCAGCCAAUUGAAUGUUUUGCUGGGCGGAUACCUUUUCUCAUGGCUGUUCAUCUUGAGCCUCACCUGCGUAUCCAACGCCGAAAUGGUUAUAUUUGGCCAGGACUUCCAGGCCAAGCUGGUACCCGAAAUCCUGUUCUGCUUGUCACUCACAGUAGCUGCUGCAGGAAUCGUUCACAGAGUAUGCGCUACAACCAGUAUUCUCUUUUCCCUGGUCGGACUCUAUUUUCUAAACCGUAUUUCCACGAAACACUACUCCAAUGUGGUGGCUCCUGUUGAUGCACCGGCCCGCAAAGGGGGAAAGAAAUUUAAAUAAGGACCCAUAUUCUCUGACACGCUUU